GAACUUGCAAAAAGGUUGGACCUUUGAGUUCAAGCCGGCGAAGGAUUCCGUCGAUGCGAGGCCGAAGGCGCCAGAUCCAGACCACUACCAACACGACGCCGGCAGCAACCUUCCCACAAGCAGCGGCCAUGGCGUUUCCGCCCCGUCGGAGGCGGCCGCCUCGCCGUCGGCCUCGGCCGUCUAGCUGGAGCCGCGGGUGGAGCAGCACUGCAGUGGGAGGGCGGGUACUGGGUGCUCAAGGAGAAGUACCACACCAGCCUCAGCUCACCAAGCUGCCCAUGGAGUAGAUCGACACCGACAAGCUCACCAAGGAGGACGUCGAUAUGCGACUCAAGUGGCUCGGCCUCUUCCUCAGCCGCAAGCAGCAGUGUAUGCCCCUGCUCUGUCAAGCAGCAGCAACAACAGAGGCGGGGGCGGGGAAUACCAGCAGCAACAGAGGCGAGGGCGGGCGCGACCUUCGGAGGAGGGCCAACACGGAGAGGAAGACCCUGGGCUUGGAGGAGAGGUUGAGCAGGGCCAACGCGGCGAUGAAGACCCUGGGCCAGAGCAGCGACGAAGACCCAGCGCCGCGACGGCGUCCAAAAUUGUCCGCGGCGACGGCGGCCAAGGCGGACCAUAUCGAGGACCUAGUCGUCGAUUUACUGCUUCUUGGCACGAUUCAGAGGGAGGUGACGAAGAGGAAGAACUUUAGGAGCAAUCCCGCUGCUCAGGUAGGCGAGGGCACACCCAUGGCGGCUGCGCAGCUGGGCGGCGGCGCAAGGCGCCUCCGUGAAGGUCCUGCGCGUCUCCUCCGCGACGACGCAGGUCGUCUACUGCACAGGCGGCUGGGUCCUGCGACGCGCGGAGACUCUCUCUGGGUGCUGAGGAGAACGGAGGAGGAAGACGGGGGAUGGUGGCCGGAGCCGGCGACGCGCGAGCGACGGUGGAGUAGUGAGGAAGGAGACGAGGGCGUUUUUUCAAAUGAUUCAAAAGUAUAAGGACAUAUUUGCAAAAUGCAUAAUGUACAGCAGUCGCGACAUCUAAUUCCGAACGGAGGGAGUAUAAGCUAUAGCUUGCAUUUGUUUACCUACCAGAUAGCACUGCACUGCCAUGGUGGAACUAUCGUGUCCAGCUCAGUAUGUCUGAGCACUGAUUAUGUUUCACAAAAAGAGGAUUAAUAGCUGCUGUGAGUUUGCCUUAAUUAAGAAAGGAGAGUCACACUUCCUUCAA